GCUUAUUGCCUUACGCUGCCUUAAUACCAGUUCCGUCAAGAACACAGUCUCGCAGUCAUCACAACACUCAUCGACACCUCGACUGGUUUAUCUGGACAAGCUAAGCAUCCUACAGCACCAUUAGAGCAAGACAAUAGGUUGAUUAUAAAAGAUUCGGCGACCCGCGGCGUGUACGACCUGCUGAAAUAGAGAAAGGUCCGCGGCCCCUCAGUCGACCUACAUACUCCAAGGCAUACAUACAUAGCUAGAUUUUGCACGCAGGGCGCGAAAGGCGACCCGAACAAGCUCAGAGGCCGGUCUGGAGCACACCGGUUUGACUUAUCUACAUGGCCAAGCUCAUUAAGAACGUCGGAGCUUCACUAAGGGCAAGGACCCACGACGAGGACGACACAAUGAUGAAGCAGAAAGGAGCGACAGGGGUGUUCAGAAACCUCGCGUUCGCGGACGCUGACGACAACUUGGUCUCCACCUCCGCACGCGCGAUGGCAACUUCGGAAAGUACCAAGAAGAACAACUUCUUUGGUGGCAGUCAGGACAACAUUGCGUCCAUAGAUGUCACGCCGCGGUCACGCGACGCGGGCAACGGAGCGUCCUCCUGGGCGCACGCUGACCUCCCCACCUCGGCCAGCAAGCGCGUGGGCAGCACCGGCAGCGCAUCUACACCUGUGAAGAGCGCAACCUUUGCACGCACCGCUUCGGCACAAAAGCGCGCCAAGAACGCGACAGCCAUUCAGGAAAUCUCUGCGUUUGAGCACGAGCACGCUGUGAUGGACGAGAUGUCGGGCUCCGAAGACGGCGAGCGGCCAGCGGGCCUAGUGAGCGGCGGCAGCGCCAUCGGCGCCACCACUAGCACCACCGUCAUUGCCGUGCGCUCCGUCGCGCGCGGCCCCAGCAUCACGCAGCAGGUCAGCACCAGCGGCAGCGUGCGGGCGUGGGAGGAGGAGGUGAAGCGGCUUAUCGCCAGCGGGCGGCACGAGGACGCGGUGCGGUGGGUGGCCCCCUCGGACGGCAUCAUCCGCUGCACUGUGCGUCGCGUGAAGAACUUCCUGGGGCAUACGCUCGCCUACCAGCUCUUCUUGGACUCUGGAGACACGUUCGUGCUGGCGGCGCGUAAGCGCAAGAAGAGCAAGGCCUCCAACUUCGUGCUGAGCACCAGCCAGGAGGACCUCGGCAAGGACUCGGACCACUGCAUCGCCAAGCUGCGAGCCAACUUCGUGGGCACUGAGUACGGCCUGGUGUCGCGCACCGGCGGCCACAUCAGCGGCAGCAUGGACAUUGACGGCGGCGCGCAGUCGGGCGGCAAGCUGGCGCCGCCGGCCGAGCCCUUCUCCCGCGAGGAGAUUGCGGUGCACUACAAGCAGACCGCGCUGACGGCCAAGGGCGGACCCCGCACCAUGCUGGUCGCCACGCCGCUGCCGGAAGUGAGCUGGGCCCCCAGCGCCGCUGACGGCUCGGACUCGCUCGCCAACUGCCUUGAGGCGGCGCGCCGGCGGGAGCUGUCGCCGCGCAUGGAGCGGCAGCUGUGCAUGCUGGCCACGCGGCCGCCGGAGUGGGACCCCAGCCUGAAGGCGUACACGCUCGACUUCCACGGCCGCAUCCGCGCCAGCAGCGUGAAGAACUUCCAGCUGGUGCACUGGGACCACAACACGGACCGCAAGGGCUCUGACCUGGUGCUGCAGUUUGGAAAGAUUGACGAGAACACUGACGACUUCGCGCUGGAUUUCACCUACCCGCUCAGCCUGCAGAAGGCGUUCGCCAUCGCGCUCGCAAGCACCGACACAAAGCUGUGCUACGCGUUGUAAGCAGCUGGCAGUUUGCACGAUUGCGCCGCGAUGCGCAGCGGUCUCGGUGUGAAGCGCGGGAGCGUGUGUGGGUGGGACGCGUGAUGAUGCGGUGCGGCGCGAUGUUCAUGCACGAGUGGAAUGCACAUGGGUGCGUUGGGUGUGCAGCCCAAAACCCGAAUUGAUAAAUGCUGUUGAUUUGUGGCGUGCGCGCGCACGCAUGGGUGCGCAAGCACGACUUGUCGAGGUGACGUCCCAUGAUCCCAUUGUGUUUGGUUUGUGUAGUACAUAUUCGCAGGUUGCGCGCAGGUGUGUGUGUGCCUGCAGGGCGGUCUGCGAGGCUGGGGUGUGAAAGGCAUUGUUUCAUUCUGACCAUGGAAGCUUCAUGGUCCUGAUCCGCCGCUUGACGCUGCCGCAUGCAUGGCAGGAUAUUUACGUGAGCCACCUAUGGCAAUUACACGCAGAUAAAGACUCUAUCAACUGCGUUCUGCUGCGCUGCUGGAUGGUUGCCGGUGGCAUGUACAGGUUCGGUGGUAUCAUGGAUAGCGGUGCGGGGUAACGGCCCGAUGGUUGGGACUGACGCGUGAGCUGACUACAGGACCAAACCGUAGUAUUGAUGCAUCUUGACGGAUUAACGCUGAUUGCGGCAGGGCCUGACGGGGCUGGCAGGCUGGGGGCUCACACUGGAACUGAAAGCAAACACUUUCAAAGCUUGGACGAGGUAUGACGACGAUGCUGCUGGUCGUCGGGAUGCCGUGCUGACUGGCUGAAAUUUGGAGGAGACUGCUGUGAACCCGUGUGAUGUUACUGGGACACUGUUGCAUGGAUGGGGCGUGCCAAUCGCCCAAACGUAGUGAGCAAAGAUGCUGCCUCCAACCACGAGGCCAACCUGGCGAAGCCGUACUGUAACAAUUACGGAU